AUGCACCAGAAGAGAGCUGUCCAGCAACCACAGGAGCCGGACAUGAAUUCCUUUGCUUCAGACUUCAACAAAUGUCUAUUCAAAUUCUGGACCACAUUUUGUGGGCCCAGAGAAUCUGUCCUUCAAAUGCCUGUCAAGUGUCCAGGAGGAACUUCAAAACAGCUUUGUUAUGGUGUAAAUCCUAACCAAGCUCAGUUUGCUGUUUGCUACAGCACAGAGACAAAAAUUCCGCUUUUCACUGGACACGUUUUGGAUCCCAAUAUCCCAGAAGGUGGAGGAAGAGAUGCAGAUUGGAGAAGCGACCCCACUGUUGGCAAGUAGUGUAAUUAUCUUCAAGGGUCGAUUUCCACCACGUUAACCUUCUGUACGGUGGCCAUAACACCUUUAACCGGCACUCGUUUGAUUAACGAUUAUUUGUUAAUUAACUAGGAAACCAAAACUCAGUGGCGCAAGACGAUGAUUACAAGGCCCCGCAGAACCAAAUUAUAGACAACUACAAUCAACAACAACAACAGUUUUUUUCCAGAGGUCAUCUGACUCCAAAUGCGGAUUUUGCAGAUGCCGACCGGCGCUCAUACACAAUGGUAACAACCAAUAUUGCACCGCAGUGGCAGUUAUUCAACGCCGCAAAUUGGGCUGAAAUGGAAAGACUGCUAAGAGGGUUUGCAACCCAAGAGAAUCAUCCACUUUAUGUAUUUACUGGCACAAGUUAGUAUCACAUUUCAACGUUUUCACUUACGGUAUUAAUAGUAGCAAUUCAUUUUCUGAGGGAAGGAGGGACGCUAUCGAACCAAAUUACCAAGUAAACUACCAUUAUGGUCUGCGUUCAUUGGCAGCGUAUAAAACAGACGUAGGUCUUCUUUCCAGCGUAAUAGGAUUACGUACAAGGCACAAACGCCUCAAGCGAAUAUCGAAUGACCAGCUUUAUUCUCGCUAUACAAGGUACUUUCAUUUUUCUAGAAUAAGUUAUCAUUCUGUCAUUACGAAUCAUAAUCUCUCCCAAACUCCAUCAAACACUGUAAAUAAUAAUAACAAUAAUAAUAAUAAUUAUAAUGAUGAUGGUGAUGAUUAUUGUAUUUAUAUAGCGCUGUUUACCUCUUAUUGCCAAAGCUGUUACUGAGAUAAAUUAUAGUAAUAAUGCUAACAGUAAAACAUAAAAUGCCAACAACAUAAUUGGAAAAAUACAACAAAAUAAACACUAUAUUAAAAAUCUGUAUAUUAAAAGAAAUCUCUAGAUCAAAAGCUGUGUCUUUAGUGAUCUCUUAAAUUAAUUCAAAGACGCUGUUUUUCCAAUUACAUAUUUGGAGCUGCGAUAAAAAAAAGAUAUAUCUCCAUACGUUUUUAACAUCAGUAAGUACUAUUCAGUGCAACUAAAAGUUGAGACAUUCUUUACUCCAAGAAUGUAAGGACCUAGAAUAUUUCUGAUAACUCAAAAGAUCGGAGAUAUACGAAGGAACCAGACCAUUUAGAGCUUUGUUCAGCUAUAAAAAUACGGAAAAUCCUCUAUUGAGCCAUUUCCCCUCUCAAAUAAGCCUAACCUGUGGGUGGUCAGGCCCUCCUUCUUCACUUUUCUAUUGUUUAGCCAAUAAUGACUGAUGCCAGGAGCCCAUAACCCGGAGCGUCUAACUUCCAUACUGCGCCUAUGCAACGGCGUUUUCACAAGGAGGUUUAUUUUAGAUAAGCUUUUCCCGCGAAUUGCUUUCGAAAAGCCAAUCACAAGCAAUUGCGUCAUUAAUGACAAACUUUUAAUACGUAACUAGGACAACUCCUUCACAUUGAAAAAAACAUAGCGAACACACGUGAGGAAUCUUCAGAGAAGUCUUCUGACAGUACUUCAAACGACAAUUUCAGUUUUUCACGGAAACUAGGGGCUACGUGAUGUGGUUAAGAUGGACGGCCGUGUGUUUAAGUGCUCCGCGUAACAUUUCGUAAAUUUCUGAUGUUUAAGUGUUCCUUCUCCUUUUUUCUAUUUGUUUUGUUAUCUUGUUUCGUGUGUCACAUUAUGCCUGAGUCUAUUGCCAACCUAAAGAGAGAAAAUAACGAUCUCAAAUCUAAAGUUUCAACGUUAACGGAGGAGAUUUCAAGACUAAAAGACUUAUUUCAACAACAAAGCAGCAGUGCCGCCCCUUCUGCUAAAGAAAAAUCUCACAGCCUUGAAUUCCUAAGCAAGGAAUAUGAUGACUUUCUUCUCUUCAAAACCACUGCCAACAAAGAGCUGCAACGACUAAGUUCACAACUCUCACAGGUCAAGGCCAGGGUGGACGCCAUUGCCAACGCCAUCGAUGAAUUCCAAGAAUAUAGCUUUCAAUACAAUGUUAAAAUUGUCGGUGUUCCCGAGGUGUGUUCUGACGAAGCGGCUUCAACAACAAGUAAGCUUUGUGUAAAAUUGUUUAAAGAAAUGGGAGAGAAUAUAUCAAUCCAAGAUAUUGACACUGCCCAUCGUGUCCCGCAAAGAAACAACGCCGGAAAUCCAAAGCCUAUAGUCUGCAGAUUCGUGAGACGGCUGGUUAAGGAAUCUCUAAUGUCUCAUCGGAAAGAAAUUAGCAAUGUAACCCCAGCUGCGGUUGGUCUACCAGAAGGGUCUUCAUUGUCUUCGGCCAGAAUUUACGAUCAUCUUUCACCAAGAAUGCAAGCAGUCCUAUUCCAGGCUAAAAGAGUUAAAGAAGAGCUCCACUAUCAAUAUUGCUGGUCAAAGGGUCCCGUUAUUUGUUUACGAAAAGACUCCACAUCGCGGAUAAUCAAGCUCAAGAGCAUGGCGGACCUCGACGAACUUAAACGUAAAUUGGCCAUUGAAGGUUAGAUUUUACUAAAAAUGUCUAUUGUACACGAUAAAAAAUGACUUCUCACAAAACAAAGAAACAGUGCGAGAUCGAAAAUAAGACCUUACUCGCGCAAUUACCAUAUUAUAACUGUAAAGUCCUGACUUCUGCCCACCCACAGUUUAAUAGUUUAAUUGAUGAUAAUCGACCUUCUAGAAAAUUGCUAGAUUCUCUCAGUAGUCUCUACGACCUUAGUGUAUUCCAGCUAAACUCUCUUGAUAAACAUAUUGAUCCUGAUAUAAAUCUCUCCUCAAACAAAAUACGCUCAAAAUAUUAUUCCCCACACAGCUUUGCGCAGUUUAUUGACAGCAAACAGUUGCAAUCAAAAAUCUCCUUUUUACAUACAAAUAUACGUAGCUUAAAGAAAAAUUUUGAAGAAUUUCAACAUCAUGUUUUAAGUGAAAUGAAUUUCCGUUUUACUAUUAUUGGUGUAACAGAAACUCGUAUAUGCGAUCGUGAAUGUAGUUUUAAUUUUGUACCAGAAUUACCAGGAUACUGUUUUGAAUCGGUCCCAACACCUUUAUCUGCCGGUGGUGUUGGCCUGUUCAUUGAUCAAAAUUGUAAAUACCGCGUCCUUGAACGAGUCUCCAAUUCUUGCUAUCAAGCCCUAUGGAUUGAACUUCAUCUGCCUAACAAUAAGAAAUCUGUAUGUGGUGUUACUUAUAGGCAACACAAUAACGCUAAUGAGUUUCUAGAAUACUUGACAGAUUUUCUUGAACGGCAAUGCCGUCAAAAACAAAAUAUUUUUCUCAUGGGAGACUUCAACAUAGAUCUGUUAAAAUAUGAAACUUGUAGUUACACACAAACCUUGCUCCAAACAAUGCAAAGUUUUUCAAUGUUCCCAGUGGUUGAUAAGCCGACUAGAGUCUAUGGUAAUUCAGCAACUUUAAUUGACAAUAUUUUCAUAAAUAAUCCAGAGAAUAAUAUGGUCAGCGGCAAUAUCGUGUCCGAUACAACAGAUCACUUCUCUCAGAUGUGCAUAUUAACGUCGCACUGUAAACCAUUCUUUCCAAACAACAAAACUAAGGUUCGUGACUACUCUACCUUCAAUGCAAAGUCUUUCAUUGACGACUUGCAGAAUAUUAAUUGGAAUAAUAUUUGCAAACAUAUCGAUGCUAAUCAAUCGUUCUCCAGGUUUUACAAAUGCGUCAACAAGACAAUUAACAAACACGCUCCUUUAAGAAGUAUAUCCAAUCGUAAACAAAAAUUCCUUGCUAAACCAUGGCUGACUGCGGGUUUAAGAAAAUCAAUCAGGGUAAAGAAUAACCUCUUCUAUACCUCAGACCGUGACAAAUACAAAUUAUACAGAAAUAAAAUCAUUUAUCUUACGAGAUUAAGUAAAGCGAACUACUACCAAAGUUUCUUUGAUCUCAACAUAUGUAAUAUGCGUCAAACUUGGAAAGGAAUUAACGAGCUAAUUGGAAACUGUAAAAAGAAAAACAAGCGCAACUCAACUAACUCUAUUCGCUCAAACCCGAAUGAGGUUCCAACUAGUGACCCGAAGGAAAUAAGCAAUAUUCUUAACAAAUAUUUCGCCACUGUUGGGAGCAAACUGGCUUCUAAAAUUCCUCAGACCAUAAAUACAUUCUAUGAUUAUUUAGAUCCGCCACUUAAUCGCACUUUCUUCUUUGAUCCUAUUAUUCCGGAAGAUAUCAAUUUAGAAAUUUCAGUUUUGCAAGACAACAAGGCCCAUGGUCUUUACUCAUCUCCAGUUAGGCUGCUGAAAUUGGCAAAAAGGGUCAUAUCCGUACCUCUAGCCACGAUUUUUAAUCAGUCUAUUUGCUCAGGGAUUUUUCCAUCUAAACUAAAGUGUGCUAAGAUUAUCCCGAUAUUUAAGGACGAAGAUGACACGCUGCCCGAAAACUACCGACCUAUUUCUCUGCUCUCGAUUUAUAACAGGAUUUUUGAAAAACUUAUGUACUCCAGAGUUACCAAGUUUGUCAAAGAUUGCAACAUUCUCUAUGAUCAGCAAUACGGUUUUCGCAGUAAGCACAGUACUCAGCAUGCUGUACUUGAUAUUGUUAACACAAUUCUCCAAAACAUGGACAACGGUAAAUUUUCGUGCGGUGUUUUCAUCGAUCUCAAAAAGGCUUUUGAUACUGUUAACCAUGAAAUUUUGUUAGCUAAACUUGAAAAUUAUGGUAUUAGAGGUGUAAUCAACUCCUGGUUCAGAUCAUACCUGACUGAUCGGAAGCAAACUACGGAAGUUAAUAAUGUUGUGUCUGAGGCUGAAACGACCUUGUGCGGCGUGCCACAAGGCUCAGUCCUCGGACCACUCUUAUUCCUACUGUACAUCAAUGAUAUUUACAAGUCCUCUUCGUUAUUUGCCUUUUAUCUAUUUGCUGACGAUACUAGUAUAAUACUUGCAAAUAACAACCUAAAGGAACUCGAAACACUUGUUAAUCGCGAGCUUGGCAACGUCAACGAAUGGCUAAAGGCCAACAAACUGUCCUUGAACAUAAAAAAAUCAAAUUUUGUAAUCUUUCGUCCCCGGCAAAAGAAUAUGCCCUUCAUACCUAGGAUUAGAAUUUUUGACUCCGUGACUAACACCUACGCAAACCUUGAAAUGAAAGAUUAUGUAAAAUAUCUUGGCUUAAUGAUUGAUUCAAAUCUUUCAUGGAAAUACCACAUCGAAUCUAUCUGUCACAAAAUCAGCAAGUCGAUAGGAAUUAUAGCUAAAAUUCGACAUUAUGUCCCGCGUCGUGUUUUACUUUCAGUUUACAACUCAUUAAUUGUCCCUUACUUGACUUAUGGUAUUUGUGGUUGGGGAAAUUGUGCCUUGACAUUUCAAAGAAAGAUCGUAACUCUACAAAAACGGGCCUUACGUCUCAUUUACUUCAGUAAAUCUAAGGAACACGCCGUACCCUUCUUUCUCAAAUCAAAUUGCCUUCCCCUGUCUAGCAUAUUUUUCAGAGAUUGUAGCUAUUUAUUGUAUGAUAUCAACAGACAGAUAGCACCAGUUAGUAUUCUCAAUCAGUUCGUAUAUAUAAAUCUUGUUUUGUAAAUUGUGUUCAGCUCCCCCCGCCUCGAUUAGUUCAUAAGCUAUUUGCGGGUGGGAAAGUAAUGUAAUUAGUUAUUUUCCAAUUUUCAAUAAAAUUUGUUGUUGUUAUUUGUUGUUGUUACUAGCAGUUCAGAGCAAGAUUUGCAAAACCUAGCCAGGACGUCUACUUCAUCGACGACAACGCAUAAUUCACGCAAAGGGAAUUACAUCGAAAUCAUCUUGGAGAUAGCCGACUGUGAAAAGGUCCAAGCGAGCUACUAACAGUCUAAACGACGAUCCAAUGCAGCAAUUGACCUCGUGGAACAGUUAAUUUCGCGGGAAAAGCUUAUCUAAAAAUAAACUCACUUGUAAAAACGCCGUUGCACGAAUUUAUGGCAGUUGAACGCUCCGGGCUGAUGCUCAAGUGUCAAAGGAUCAAGCGAACAAGGCGCAACUAGUCGAUAGACAGAUUUCAGACGUCUAUAUUUCAAAUUUUCUCGGGGAAUCAUGUCUCCCGGUGCUCAUGCAAUAACCAAUUCUUUGAGAAAAACAUUAUAUAUUUCCUCUUCUCCUGAUCUCUUUCAUUGACCAUCAUCUGUCUAUAAAUUUAUGUCACGUCAGACCAAUCUGAUUACAUGUAAAAUAACAUGUGGUAUUCCGCAGGGGUCUAUUUUAGGCCCUCUCUUAUUUACUAUUUAUAUUAAUGAUCUCCCUUCGUGUACUGAAUUUGUUUUCAAAACCCAGAAUGUAUGCAGAUGAUACUACCCUUACCUCAUCUGCAGAAGACCCAUGUGUCCUUGAUCAUAAAAUGAAUUAUGAUAUGAAUUUAAUUCAGUCAUGGCUGUCAGCAAACAAAUUAACUUUAAAUGUUAAGAAGAUUAAAUACAUGCUUAUAGGGAGCGCAUUUAAGUUAUCCCAAAUAAAUAGUGACUUCACUGUCAAAGUCAAUAAUACACCCUUAGAAAGAGUGAUUAAACAUAAAUCCCUUGGAGUUCAAAUUGGUGAAUCUUUGAACUGGCGGCCACACAUUAAUACCAUAUAUCCGCUGGUAUUGCUAUCUUAAAGCGUGUAAAUAUGUAGAAUGCACUGGUAAUGCCAUAUUUUAAUUACUGUGGUGCUGUCAAAAGAUGCAGAAUAGGGCUGCUAGAAUUCUCACCUUUUCUAACUAUGACGUUCGCUCAAGUGUUUUGUUGGAUGAGCUUGGCUGGGAAAGGCUAGAAUAUGUAAGACUUCAACAGUUGGCUGUGACAAUGUAUAAAAUCCAUAAUAAUCUUUCCUUGUCGUAUCUGAGGCGGAUCUUUACCAACACCGCAAAUGUGCAUUAACACAAUCUUAGAAAUUCUGAGUUAAAUUAUUACGUCCCCAGACACUACAGAGGAUCUGUUCUGUGGAACAAGAUUCCCUCAGAGAUUAGAAAACUGCCUAGUUUAAAUGUUGUAAAACUUCAAUUCGUGGCAAAGAUUAUUGUAACUCUUGUUAUUAAUAAUGUAAGUUUUUGUAUCUUUAACAUUGUAGUCAAAUAGUUCCUUAGAGUAUUUUAGUCUAGUUUUAAACACGAUUCCUAGGAAGACCAUGUAAAAUGAUACGAUUUCGUGUAUAAAUAAAGAUCGAUGAUGUAAGGUAAUUGAGGGAUACAAGCCUUCCCAGACUUCAGAUAAAUGACUACUUGGUUGACCGCUUUAUCCCUGUACGACGGCUCCGGUGUGACAUUUCUCGAUGGCCUGUCAUAGAUAUCCGAACACAAAGUUACGAAUUAUAAGUUUGUGAUUAUUAUUAUUGUUGUUGUUAUUAAAUUUUGUUUGUUUGUUUUUUUGUUUGUUUUUUUUUGUGGCCAUUUUCAGUUCUCCUUAUCAAAAGUAAGUCUGACUUUGUAUUAACGUUGUUAUAUUCAAGGUGGACAGGCGAAAAAUAAAGCUGGAGAAGAAAUCAAGUUAAACCAACGGGUUGUAGUGCCCUUGUACUACUGGAAAGCGGUAUGUGAUCCACUUCACUUGCAAUCGAUUUUCUUCUACGCUCGUAACCCAACCGACACAGCAAGGGCUGAUAAACAGGAAAGAGGCUGUGAAGAAGGACAACAAACUCAGACAUCUGGAAUAGUCAAGUGUAACAGCAUAGACGACGGCAUUCAAGUGAUUGAAAAUGAUGUCCCUGGGGCUAUACUCAAGAUACCGGAGUUCACCCGAAAGAAAGCGUGUAAACCUAAUGAGAUGGGAGCGUUAUUCACCGAAUAUAUUCGAGGUCACGCUAACUGGAGUUAA